AUGCCUGUUAAGCCUGGUCAACAUGAUGUGAUCAACCAACAACACUUACUACUUUAUCCUCAAGAGAGAUCGAAAGCACAGAAGAGAUGGUUGAAACAGUAUCGAACAGAAGUUGCUGCGUCUGUCAGCAGCGUCUGUUCUACUUUCUGCGCAUUUCCUUUGGACUCGGUGAAGACGCGAAUGCAGACCUACAAAUACAAUAACUUUACGGAUUGCGUAAGACACACAUAUCAGACGGAGAAAUUACGAGGGUUCUUUCGUGGAGUUGCAGCACCUUUAGCUUCAGUAACUUUGGUUCGAACUAUAUCUUUCUCGGUCUAUCAGCGGUCGAAGUACACAUACGCAGCUUGGUUCAAAAGAAAUUUCGACUUUGAUCCAUUGGUACAUAUCAACACAUUUGGAACUUAUCCUAACCUUUCUACUGUUGCAUGUUUUGGAGCUGCUGGCGCCACAGCUGGAUCGUUCAUAACGCUUGUAGCUUGUCCCUUCGAAUUGACAAAACUUAGUGCUCAAGUAUCGGUUUUGAUGGCUGCCAAACGACAAUCGAGUAUUUCCGACCCUGUGAGAGAUUCACCUAUGCAAAACGCGACUGCAGCAAGCUACAAGAACAAGGGGACAUUUAAAACUGCCAUGAACAUUGUCAAGAAUCGUGGGGUAUCGGGACUCUAUUCUGGAUUUAAUCUUCAUCUACUACGGGAUACACUAGGAACCGCUAUUUACUUCAUGACUUACGAAAGUUGCAAGCAACUUUUGACUACAUACACAGGGCAACAAGGGAAAACAAGUCCAUUCGCUGUCGUUAUUGCUGGUGGUUUCUGUGGCAUAGCAAGCUGGGCAUUGAUUUACCCAAUCGACUCCGCGAAAAGCAUUUAUCAACGGAAUUGUUUGACUUGCUGUAAGGGCGAGACGGUUCAAAAGGCACCAAAGAUCAAAUUUUUCGAUAAGAAAAUGUACCGAGGUUUGGGUGUGUCCAUGGGUCGAUCAUGCGUUGUAAACUCAAUAUUCUUUUCGGCGUUCGAAUUCAUCAAGAAGAAUAUAAAUGCCCUUCCGGAGUGA